GGCGGCAAAGGCCAUCCUUAAUAUGACAAAACAAACAAAAUCAUAGCAAGUCGAAUCAAUAUGACCGCUUCAAAGAUUGAUUGUUUGUCCUGGGAGCAAUCAAGUUGCCCUGAGGACAAGAUGUUGACGACUCAUCAUGCUUGAUGAAUUGCCUCAUGUGGUUAGUGACUCCACCUAAUGAGGACCCCAAGGAUGCGGGUUGCCAUGGUAACACAUUUUGUUCUUUAGCGAAACAACAGGAGGUACUGCAGGUUUUUGAGACAAUACAGAUGACAAACUCACUGCCUAUUGGUUAGAGCUGACACUGUCAGAGUCUUAAAAGCAUCCGCUGCGAUUGCUCGAUUCUUCGCAAUUCGUGUCUUGAAGAUUUAUGAAUAAUAAGUCCUCUGACAUUUUGAAAAGUCAGGAGGCAGUAAGAUAAGUGUUGUGCCUUCAGUACUAAGCAACCACAACAACAAACUUUUGCAUGGUAAUGCACUCUUGAUGAAGGAUACAACAUAGUGAUGAGCUGAAACUUCCAACAAGUUCAGAAAAGCAGCUCUGUGGAUUGGCGUGACAAAGUCAUUGAUGUAACGUUUUUUUUUUAAAGUUCAAAAUUGUUGGAUCAUUCUGGAAGAUGGCCGAUUAUCCACCAAAUGUCACCGACACUCUAUUAAAUGAAGAGACACCAAGAUGCACGUUCUGCGCCUACUUCAGUUACACCCAACGCCAAGUCUUAGCAGCGAUUCUGGUCGUCAUUUCAUUCCUCGGAGUUGUGGGCAAUGUUCUCGUCAUCGCCGCCGUCUUGUUAUCUCGUAAACUCCGUCGCGUGACAAACUGCUUCGUCUUCAGUCUCAGCGUUGCUGACUUACUGACGAGUCUUUUUCUGCCUUUCUCGGCGGUGGCGAUCUUGAACGAGCACACCUGGCCGUUACCCACAGUCCUUUGCUCCCUAACUGCAUUCGUCUUUCUAACCUGCCUUGGGUGUAGCAUUAAUAGCUUGGCCUGUAUCGCAGUCAACCGCUACGUCCUGAUCACUAAGAAACGAGAGACAUACAGGAGGCUUUACAGCUCUCGGCGGACCACGUUAGCAAUUCUCAUCGUAUGGAUGAUUCCACUCUGCACUACCGGCAUUCCAGCAAUCACUGGUUUCAUUCAACUGGGCUUCGAACCCAAGUAUUCCUCUUGCACUUGGGUUCUGGCCGAAUCCUCUCCAAGAUACGUCUUCGUCCUCUUCGCUAUUUUCUGUCCCAUCCAACUGACGACUAUCAUCUUGCAUUACAUGAAAGUUUUCCUCCACAUUCGUAAGCACACCAAGGCGGUAGGACAAACACUGAAUGUUCCGUCAGGGAGGCUUACCAUAUCGGAGAGUGUCUCAAACUCGGGUCUGACUAACAAUAGGAAUAACCACGACUACGUAGCUCCGGAGAGGAAGAAACGAAACAAGCUUAACAUUCAGGUCACAAAGAAUCUGUUUGUAGUGGUUUGCGCCUUCGUGCUGUGCGUCCUGCCUUACACUUUGACUCUUCUUUUACCCAACAGUCGUCAAGUUUUCCCUUUUGCCGCAACUAUUCUCAUGAUGAAUAGCUGCAUUAAUCCCAUCAUAUAUGCCAUCAAGCAUCCACAGUUUAAGACAGUUUUCCGUUGUAUAGUGACCAGGAGAUUCAGAGACAUCUCGUAAGACCGACUGUUUUGCAAAAAA